AUGGUGUUGGCUUCUCCAAACCCAAUCAGGAGUGAAAGGAUUUUACCCACUGAUCUUCCCAUAGUAGACCUUACAGCUGAAAGGUCAGAGGUAACAAAGCUCAUUGUGAAAGCGUGUGAAGAGUAUGGUUUCUUCAAGGUGAUCAACCAUGGUAUCAGCCAUGAAACUAUAGCCAAAAUGGAAGAAGCAGGGUUUAGUUUCUUUGCAAAACCAGGUACCCAAAAGAAAAUGGCUGCACCUGUUUAUGGCUGCAAGAACAUAGGCUUCAAUGGAGACAUGGGUGAGGUCGAGUACCUUCUCCUCAAUGCUACAACUCCAUCCAUUGCUCAGAUAUCCAAAAGCAUAUCCAAUAUUGACCCAUCAAACUUCAGCUCUACGGUGAGUGCUUACACAGAAGCAGUGAGGGAGCUAGCAUGUGAAAUUUUGGUGCUAAUGGCAGAGGGCCUGGGGGUCCCUGAUACAAUGGUUUUCAGCAGGUUGAUAAGGGAUAUUGAUAGUGACUCAGUCUUGAGGCUCAAUCACUACCCACCUAUACUUAAUCGAGACUGCAAGGAUAGGGACAAGUCUCAUUCCUACAACUAUAGCAAAGUUGGCUUUGGGGAGCAUUCUGACCCUCAGAUUUUGACCAUUCUUAGAUCCAACGACGUGGGUGGUCUCCAAAUCUCUCUUCAAGAUGGGGUGUGGAUCCCAGUCAACCCUGACCCCUCAGCUUUCUGUGUUAAUGUGGGUGAUGUACUUGAGGUGAUGACAAAUGGAAGAUUUGUGAGCGUGAGACACAGGGCAAUGACGAACUCAUACAAAUCAAGAAUGUCAAUGGCAUAUUUUGGGGCUCCACCACUAAAUGCAUGCAUUGUUGCUCCACCAGUUAUGGUUACACCACAGAGGCCCUCACUCUUCCGACCAUUCACUUGGGCCGACUAUAAGAAAGCCACCUAUUCACUGAGGCUUGGAGACAGCCGCAUUGACCUUUUCAGAAACUGCAAAGAAUUAGAGUAA